CAGCCACAUCAACAAUCCUAAACCCAUUUGCACACUCUCUCUGAACAGUCCACACCGUUCUUCUCCUCCCAAAUUCUCCGACGGCGACGAUUGAUAUAGGAUAGCCGAGGAUGACGCUAGGGUUGUUAUCGGCGAUUGGAAGAUCUUUCCGACGGAAGAGAGCGUCGUCACUUGAUAUUCUCUCUCCCAAACGAGCUCCAAGAAACUUCUACAAGGGCAAAAACUGCAAAUCUACUGGUUUCAACACCUCAAAAGGAGGAUAUGUUGUGCAGCAAGAUAAAUUGCCAAACUACGUAAUCCCUGAUCUGACGGGCUUCAAGCUGAAACCAUAUGUAUCUCAGUGUCCUGUAGAGGUCAACAAAACAACUGAAGCUUCCAAGUGAAUAAGUCAGAAGAAAUAUGUUCCGAGUCUUAAUAAGCUUGAGCAAUGUGUUCUGAGAAAUUCGUCUUCUAUUUCUUUAGUCCUUUUUCUGUUUUUACAAGGACUUCAAGCAAUUUAUCACAACUUUUAGGUUAUGAUACAUAUAAGGAUUGCUUCAGAGCGCCAUCGAUCCAAAUUUCCCAUUGUUCUCCACUCCAGUUUCCUUUCUUCAUUGUAUCUUAUUGUUAUCAGAGUCGGAGAACAAGUUGCAGACAUUUUAUUACGGCCAUCGUCACUACUUGUUUGGUCCCCUGGCAACUAUAAUUUAUACAAAGUUAUUACUUGCACACA